AUGGAGGCGCCGGGGAGCAGCAGACUGCUGAGGCGGCUGUGUGUUUGUGCUGGACUCAUCGCCCUCAGCUGCAUUCUCCGAGUAACAGAUCCCCCUGAUAAGGACUUUGAUCCGAUUUGGUCGAAACGAAAACUGACUCAGCAGAGUGGAGAGUUGAAUCAAACAUCCAGCCAACCCCGAGCUGCGAUCAAUGAAUUUCCUGAAGAUGUCUUCACUAAGGAGCAGAGAAGGCAUGGGGCGCUGCUGCUGCAUAUCGUCUGCGCUGUUUACAUGUUCUACGCCCUUGCUAUUGUCUGCGACGUGUAUUUUGUGCCAUCUCUGGAAAAGAUCUGUGAGAACCUACAUCUGAGUGAGGAUGUUGCUGGGGCCACCUUCAUGGCAGCAGGAAGUUCUGCUCCAGAGCUCUUUACCUCUCUGAUUGGUGUAUUCAUCACUAAGGGAGAUGUAGGAGUUGGCACCAUAGUGGGCUCAGCAGUCUUUAAUAUCCUAGUUAUCAUUGGAGUGUGUGGCAUUUUUGCUGGACAGACGAUCUCUCUCACCUGGUGGCCUCUCUUCCGGGACUCUGUUUACUACAUCAUCUCAGUCUUGGCUUUAAUUCUGAUUAUUUAUGAUGAGAAAGUUCUCUGGUGGGAGACGAUAGUCCUCAUAUCAAUGUAUGGAAUUUACAUCCUCAUUAUGAAAUUUAAUGGUCAAAUCUGGGGCUGGGUGGAACUGAGGUGUGGUAUACCUGGACAGCCAUGUUUGGUGAGCAGCCUACGGCAAGAUGUAGCAGCGGAAGAAGCUAGCACACACAGUGACACUUCUAUGAUCCUGUUGAAGAAAGGUCAGUGUGCAAGUGAACAGGACUCAGCCGUGGUGAUGGUGGAUGAGCUGAUGAGUCUGCAUCCUCACCAGUUCUCCUUAUCAGAGGCAAGCCUCCAUCUCAUGGUCACCCCCUACUUGUCUUCCCGCACAUGCCUCAGCAUGGCCGGAUACAUGCUCAUCGCUGAGAGGCAGAGAUUGAUCAUGAACCGGAGCUCAGGAGAAAGUGGCAGUGGCACAGGAGAAAUUCCAGGUCAGGAGUGCCCAGGCAUAGAGGGAGCACCCUGGGGAUUAGAAAAUGGCGAUAACAUGGACAGUGAGACCCAACUGCUAGAAGAGGCGAGGACGAGGGGCAACGGGGGAACAAUGGAGCAGGUGGAAGACGCGGGGGAUGCACAGCCCAAAGACACCGAUGAAGAUGAAGAGGCAGAAGAACAACAACCCUUCAAUCCUCUGAUUGUGCCAGGACGCUGCUGGGAACGGGUGAAGUGGUUCCUCUCAUGGCCUUUAAGCUGUCUGCUUUAUUACACUGUGCCCAACUGUUUGCUGCCACACUGGGAGCGCUGGUUCAUGGUCACCUUUGUGGUCUCCACACUCUGGAUUGCUGUUUUCUCCUACCUCAUGGUGUGGAUGGUCACCAUCAUCAGUUUCACACUGGACAUCCCAGAUGUGAUUAUGGGCAUCACAUUUUUAGCAGCUGGCACAAGCGUCCCGGACUGCAUGGCUAGUCUUAUAGUUGCCCGGCAAGGUAUGGGAGACAUGGCUGUGUCUAACUCAAUCGGUAGUAAUAUAUUUGACAUUCUAUUGGGCCUUGGUUUCCCAUGGGCUCUGCGGACACUCGUGGUGGAUUACGGGUCUACGGUCUUCAUUAAUAGUAAAGGACUGGUGUAUUCAGUUAUUUUACUGCUUGCUUCAGUCUUUCUCACAGUUCUCAGUGUACAUAUGAAUCGCUGGAGACUUGACCGGAGGUUAGGCCUGGGUCUGAUGAUCUUGUAUGCCAUCUUCCUUGUCUGCUCGAUCUGCUUUGAGAAGCUCUAG